AUGGCUGCUGGCCUCAAAUCCGUGGACUGCGAAACGCGUCUCGCGAUGCUUGAUCUCUUUCCCCUGGAGUACCGUCGCCUCCGAGGGGACCUAAUUCUUACUUAUGCCCCGUUUAAGCAAAGCUUGCCCUACAGGUUUUUCACCAAUGGCCCAACAAACGGCAAGCACAUGGUAAGAAGAUUUCAAGCUCAGAGCGCACACAUUUAUUGGGUAAAUUUGUUCCCAUUUCGGGUAGUAGCUGCGUGGAAUGACCUUCCUCCGACGAAUCCAGUUCAAAGCGCUAUUAGACACUCAUUUAUGCGAGUCCUCGCGCUGGCAAGCAUGCUGCCCCGCGCUGAGAACAUAAAGAGCGGUGCUACGCCAUUUUUCUUCCGUGCAUUUCAUUCGCUAAACGGCAAGAACGACCCCGACCCGGGAAAAUUGGAUGAGAGUCUCGAUCCUGAAUCCACUACUUACGGCCCUCUGUCUGAUGAGGACCGCAUAUUCACUAACCUGUACGGACGCCAUGACUGGCAUCUUAAAGGAUCCAUGCAACGGGGACACUGGUAUAAAACCAAAGAGAUUCUACUGAAGGGACCAGAUUGGAUCAUUGGAGAGGUGAAGAAGUCUGGCCUACGUGGACGUGGUGGUGCAGGUUUCCCUUCUGGAAUGAAGUGGAGUUUUAUGAAUAAACCAAGCGAUGGGAGACCGAAAUAUCUGGUUGUGAAUGCGGAUGAGGGCGAACCGGGUACCUGUAAAGACCGUGAGAUUAUGCGCCACGAUCCCCACACCCUCGUAGAAGGCUGUCUUAUCGCUGGUCGAGCGAUGGGUGCGUGUGCAGCCUACAUUUAUAUUCGCGGUGAAUUUUACAACGAAGCCUCGAAUUUGCAAUUGGCUAUCCGCGAGGCUUAUGACGCGGGUUAUUUGGGGAAAAACGCCUGUGGUUCGGGCUACGAUUUCGACGUAUACGUUCACCGUGGCGCUGGCGCGUAUAUUUGCGGGGAAGAGACGGCAUUGAUCGAGUCGAUUGAGGGAAAACAGGGCAAACCUCGCCUCAAACCGCCGUUUCCUGCCGAUAUUGGUCUUUUUGGUUGUCCCACGACGGUAACCAAUGUGGAAACGGUAGCCGUAUCGCCAACGAUAUGCCGUCGUGGUGGGGAAUGGUUCGCUAGUUUUGGUCGCGAGCGAAAUCACGGGACAAAACUGUUCAACAUUUCAGGUCACGUGAACAAUCCAUGCACUGUGGAAGAGGAAAUGUCUAUUCCUCUGAAAGAUCUCAUCGAGCGGCAUGCUGGUGGAGUUAUUGGCGGAUGGGACAAUUUGUUGGCUGUGAUCCCCGGUGGAAGUUCCGUUCCGCUUAUCCCGAAAGACGUCUGUUCCACAGUCCUGAUGGAUUUUGACUCACUGAUCGAGGCCAAAUCUGGAUUGGGCACCGCAGCCAUUAUCGUUAUGAACAAGUCAGCUGACGUCGUUCGUUGCAUUCAUCGACUCAUGCAGUUCUACGAACACGAGAGCUGUGGUCAGUGCACUCCGUGUCGUGAGGGCUGUCGGUGGUUGCGCCAGAUCACGGGGCGUUUCGUGCAAGGCAAGGCGGACAAGCGAGAAAUCGAUAUGCUGUGGGAAAUAUCGAAACAGAUGGAAGGACAUACCAUUUGUGCUCUGGCUGACGGGGCGGCGUGGCCAGUUCAGGGUCUCAUACGUCAUUUCCGCCCGGAACUGGAAGCAAGGUUUGAAAAAGUCGGUCUAACUCUACCAGAGGAGCGACGAAAGCAAAUCACCGGUGCACAAUGAUGUGCUACUCUUAUAUGGCGGUGUAGCUAACCCCUUUCCCCACUUGGUCUAGCAUCAUUCGGCCCCUUUUCUCUCAACAAACACUUUUCAGAUGCCAAAUACAAGUCGUGCAGUCCUA